GACCAUUUACUAAGGCUCCGUGUUACUUUAGUCGCCGUUAUUUAAAACUUAAAAACCUGAAAAUCAAACACUACAAGACAGCAGCGCACCGCCGUGUUCGUCAUUCUCAGGUUCAGAACUCCGUAGGGGCCCACACUUUAAGUCUGCAAGCCUGUUCCCUCACCGCGCCGCUCUAUCCUCUACUUACGCAAUUCUUGCUUCCAUAGAUUCUUUUUACUUCACUUCCCGUGUUGCACCAAAACAUUUAUUAUUUAAAAUUGAUAAAUUACUCGCUAAAUUAUUCUUACUUUGUUCCGCAUCCACCCCAGGUUUAUACAGUUGAAAAUUUUAAUUUGAUAAUUAAGCAAUAUAAUGAGUAAUCCACAUAAUCAUGACAAUGAAGACCACAACGAUGAAGAAGAUAACAAUGAUGUUUUCCUUGAUGAAUCCGAUAUCAUUGGUGAAGUUGCCUUCGACGAUGAAAAUCUUCCCGAUGCAGAUGAUGAUGAUUCUGAAUCCGAACAAGUUGAGGAGAUUGAUGAUUCUGAGCACAUAUUCACUGGUCAUACUGGUGAAUUAUAUUCAGUUGCCUGCAGCCCAACAGGUGAGGCACUGGUGGCAACAGGAGGCGGUGAUGACAAAGGAUUUCUCUGGCAGAUCAAUAAAGGAGAUUGGGCUUCUGAGCUUACUGGUCAUACAGAUUCUGUAUCUAGUUUAGGGUUUAGCUAUGAUGGAACAUUUUUGGCAUCAGGAAGCUUGGACGGAACUGUUAAAAUCUGGGAUGUAUCUGGAAAUCUGAAAGGUACACUUGACGGUCCUGGAGGGGGAGUUGAGUGGCUCAGGUGGCAUCCAAGAGGAAACUUACUCUUGGCUGGUUUUGAUGAGUCCUCCUUGGUUUGGAUGUGGAAUGCUGAUAAUUUUGCCUGCCUUAUGUCGUUUGCUGGUCAUGGUAGUAGUGUGACCUGUGGUGAUUUUACUCCCGAUGGGAGAUUAAUAUGUACUGGUUCUGAUGAUGCAACCUUGAGAAUAUGGAACCCAAAAACCGGAGAAAGCAUUCAUGUUGUGCGAGGUCAUCCAUACCAUACCGAGGGAUUAACAUGUCUAGCAAUAAACUCAACUUCAACUCUUGUUCUUACUGGUGCCAAGGAUGGAUCUGUUCAUAUUGUGAAUAUCACCACAGGAAGAGUUGUCCGUACCCUGCCUUCUCAUUCAGAUUCCAUUGAGUGUGUUGGGUUCGCACCAAGUGGUUCCUGGGCUGCAAUUGGAGGCAUGGAUCCAAAAAUGAUCAUAUGGGAUUUAGAGCACUCCUUAGCCCGAAGCACUUGUGAGCACGAGUAUGGAGUGACAUGUAUGACAUGGCUCGGCACAUCGUAUCUGGCAACUGGAUCUAUGGAUGGAAUUGUGAGAUUAUGGGACUGUCGGUCUGGUGAAUGUGUCAGAACAUUCAGAGGGCACUCUGAUGGCAUUCAAUCGCUUUCUUUGUCAGCUAAUCGCGAUUACCUUGUCUCAGCUUCUUUAGAUCACACAGCACGUGUUUUCGAUGUUAAAGGAUUUUGUUAAGCAAAGCCUUUUUUUGAUUGCAUACGAAUGAGGUUGUCGACCAUCUAAGCGAAGCCCUUUUUCCGGGCCCAAGCCCAUGUAUAUGUCCUUGAGGACAGUGGGGGUUACGCCACAUCCAGAUUGUUAAUUUAUGUUAAGUUGUGGUAGAGUAAUAAACUGUUGCAUAUGGUUUUGAAUUUUGAAGGAUCAUAGACAAUCUGGAACAGAAAUUUGGAUUUUUAAGGUUACUUUUCCUUUUUAAUAUUAAUUUUGAUGUUCGUACUAA